GCAGCCACGCCCUGCAUCAAAGCCAUCAGUCCGAGCGAAGGCUGGACGACCGGCGGCGCCACCGUCAUCCUCAUCGGGGACAACUUCUUCGACGGGCUGCAGGUGGUCUUCGGCACCAUGCUGGUCUGGAGCGAGCUGAUCACACCGCACGCCAUCAGGGUCCAGACCCCUCCUCGACACAUCCCCGGGGUCGUGGAGGUCACGCUGUCCUACAAGUCCAAACAGUUCUGCAAAGGAGCGCCGGGUCGCUUCGUCUACACCGCCCUAAACGAGCCCACCAUCGACUACGGCUUCCAGAGGUUACAGAAGGUCAUCCCUCGCCACCCCGGGGACCCUGAGAGGUUACCAAAGGAGGUGCUGUUGAAGCGGGCCGCGGACCUGGUGGAAGCCCUGUAUGGGAUGCCGCACAACAACCAGGAGAUCAUCCUGAAGCGAGCGGCCGACCUCACCGAGGCGCUCUACAGCGUCCCGCGCAGCCACAACCAGCUGCCCUCGCUCACCGGCUCCGCCGCUCACUCAGGGAUGAUGGGCGUCAACUCGUUCAGCAGUCAGCUCGCCGUCAACAUCUCCGAGGCCUCGCAGGCCGACCAGGGUUAUUCCCGUAACUCAAACAGCGUGUCUCCUCGCGGCUACGUGCCAAGCUCCACGCCUCAGCAGUCCAACUACAACACCAUCACGUCCACGAUGAACGGGUACGGAGCGGCGGGGAUGACCAACCUGGGCGUGCCCGGCUCCCCCAGCUUCCUCAACGGCUCCGCCGCUAACUCUGCUUACGCAAUCAAACAGAAGAGCGCCUUCGCCCCCGUCGUGCGGCCACAGACCUCCCCGCCCCCCACCUGCACCACCACCAAUGGCAGCAACCUCCAGGCCAUGGCCGGACUCAUCGUGCCCCCCAUGUGAGGACGACCCUCAGAAACAUCCUGACAGAACUCCCCCUCCCUGACCUCCUCCAACCUGAAGCACACCCCACACCAACCGCCCAUCUGGACCAGAACCGUCCUCUCUCCUGCCAGCAGCCGAUGGCGUCCUGCGCCCCCUGCUGGCAGCUGCAGGUCGAGCAAACCUUUGACAGCGAAACCUGUGGACGGCAGCUGCAGCUGG